GGCUGGUGCGGCUCGCGCUGCCUCUGGGCGUCCCCUCCUCUUCCCGCCCUCCGUCCCCUGCACGGCUCCCUGCGGACCUUGCUUCGUUUAGAGAAAGCAAAGUCUUCAAAUACCCGUGGAUUGGAAACAUUAACAGACUGCAGAGCGCAACAAAAGGAAAGAGCCCCGGCGUCGCGGAGCCGGGUUGGCGGCGGCCCGAGUCCCCUUUGCGAGACGCGCGCGGCACUCCCGGCCCCUGCGCGCCCCCACCGAGUCUCUCUGUCUCACUCCCUCUUGCCCUAGUCGUCGGAGGGAUGGAGGAGGCCGAGGCCGACUGCGCUGUGGCGUUCGCCGAGGCUCAGAGAUGGGUGGAGGCAGUCACGGAGAAGAAUUUUGAAACAAAGGAUUUUCGAGCCUCUCUAGAAAAUGGUGUUCUGUUGUGUGAUUUGAUUAAUAAGCUUAAACCUGGCAUCAUUAAGAAGAUCAAUAGACUGUCAACGCCAAUAGCAGGUUUGGAUAAUAUAAACGUUUUUUUGAAAGCUUGUGAACAGAUUGGAUUGAAAGAAGCCCAGCUUUUCCAUCCUGGGGAUCUACAGGAUUUAUCAAGUCGAGUCACUGUCAAGCAAGAAGAGACUGACAGAAGAGUGAAAAAUGUUUUGAUAACAUUGUACUGGCUGGGAAGAAAAGCACAAAGUAACCCCUACUAUAGUGGUCCCUAUCUGAACUUGAAAGCAUUUGAGAACUUUUUAGGACAAGCUCUGACUAAGGCACUCGAAGACUCUAACAGUCUGAAAAGAAGUGGCAGAGACAGUGGCUACGGUGAUAUCUGGUGUACCGAGCGUGGAGAAUUUCCCGCUUCUGCGGGCAACCAUAAGAGAGAAGAUUCCUUUGAGAGCUUGGAGUCCUUAGGGUCUAGAUCAUUCACAAGCUGCUCCUCAGAUAGCACCCUGAAAGGGGGCCGUGAAGGUUGCGAAAGUGACACAGAUUCUGAAUUCACGUUCAAAAUGCAGGACUAUAACAAAGAUGAUAUGUCAUACCGAAGGAUUUCGGCUAUCGAACCAAAGUCUGCUUUACCAUUCAAUCGUUUUUUACCCCACAAAAGUAGACAGCCAUCCUACAUGCCAGCGCCCUUGAGGAAGAAGAGGCCGGACAAAAAUGAGGAUAACAGAAGAAGUUGGGCAACCUCGGUCUAUACAGAAACAGAUGGAACAUUUUCAAGUAACCAGAGGAGGACUUGGGGCACAAACGUGGAGAACUGGUCAACCAUACAAGAAACUUCAAACUCCUCUUGUUAUUUGGAAGAGGAAGAAGAAAAGACGACAAGCAUACCCAACAUUGUUAAGGAUGACCUUUACGUGCGAAAGCUAAGUCCUAUCAUGCCAAGCCCAGCGAAUACUUUUGAUCGGUUUCUUCCCAAAUGUUCGACCCUAGAAGAUGUGAACUGGAAAAGAAUAAAAAGGGAAACUUAUAAACCAUGGUAUAAGGAAUUUCAGGGAUUCAGUCAGUUUUUAUUACUUCAGGCCCUUCAAACAUAUUCUGAUGACAUCUUAUCUUCUGAAACAAAUAUCAAAAUUGAUCCUACUUCUGGUCCAAGACUCAUAACACGCAGAAAGAACCUCUGUCACGCACCAGGAUAUAGAAGAGACAACCUCGACAUGUCGGCCCUGGAUCCUGACUUAGAGAAUGAUGACUUCUUUGUUAGGAAGACUGGGGCUUUCCAUGCGAAUCCAUGUGUUCUCCAGGCUUUUGAAGAUUUUAGAAGGUUCUCUGAGCAAGACGAUCCUGUAGAGAGAGAUAUAAUUCUGCAGUGCAGAGAAGGUGAAGCUGUACUUCCAGAUUUAGAAAAAGAUGAUAUGAUUGUUCGCCGAAUUCCAGUGCAGAAGAAAGAGGUGCCUCUAUCAGGAGCCCCCGACAGAUACCAGCCAGUGCCUUUCCCUGAGCCUUGGACCCUUCCUCCGGAAAUUCAAGCAAAAUUUCUCUGCGUACUUGAAAGGACAUGCCCACCCAAAGAAAAAAGUAAUAGUUGUAGAGUAUUAGUUCCUGCUUAUCGGCAAAAGAAAGAUGACAUGUUGACCCGUAAGAUCCAAUCUUGGAAACUGGGAACUCCUGUGCCUCCAAUCAGCUUCAUGCCUGGUCCUUGCAGUGAGGCGGACAUGCGGAAGUGGGAGGCCAUCCGGGAGGCCAGCAGAGUUAGGCACAAGAAACGGCUGAUGGUAGAGAGACUUUUUCAAAAGAUUUAUGGUGAGAAUGGGAGUAAGUCUAUGAGUGAUGUCAGCGCAGAGGAUGUUGAAAACUUGCGUCAGAUGCGUUACGAGGAGAUGCAGAGAAUAAAAUCACAAUUAAAAGAACAAGAUCAGAAAUGGCAGGACGACCUUGCAAAAUGGAAAGAUCGUCGAAAAAGCUUCACUUCGGAUCUGCAGAAGAAAAAAGAAGAGAGGGAAGAAAUUGAAAAGCAGGCACUGGAGAAGUCUGAAAGAAGCUCUAAGACGUUUAGGGAAAUGCUGCAGGACAGGGAGUCCCAAAAUCAAAUGUCUACCAGUGAUCAGCAGAGCAAAAUGACACCCAGGAGGAGAAUGUAUUCUUUUGAUGAUAUAUUGAAUGAGGAAAAGCUGUCACCUACAUUGACUAUGUCAAAAGCAAGUUCCCAGAGUGAGAGAGUGAAAGAGAAGGGAACAGCUUAUCCUACAGAAGUUUCUAAAGAAGGUUCUACAACUCUGGCAAAAAGAGAGGACGAUAUAAAAGCUGAAAUUCAGUUUCCUUCCCAAAGACCUGCAGAAGAACAACGCCUGGUCUCUUUGUCUUCUCUGCGUUCACUGAGUACACAAAUGGAGUCAACUCGGGUUUCAGCUUCUCUCCCCAGAAGUUACCAGAAAACUGAUACAGCUAGGUUAACAUCUGUGGUCACACCGAGACCUUUUGGCUCUCAGUCAAGGGGAAUCUCAUCACUCCCCAGAUCCUACACGAUGGAUGAUGUUUGGAAGUACAAUGGAGACAUAGUAGGCAUUAGGAGAACUCAGAACACCUCUGUUCAGAAACCAGAUACAAGCCAGCUUCCUUCCAGUUUCUUGAGUGAGAAAGAGGCAGCAGCGAGAGAAGAGGUGAUUAGACUGCUCUCCACUACACCCUCCUUCUCAUCCCUCUCUCAGGACCAGACUGAUACUUCUAAAGCUGAAUUGUCUUCAACAUCUGGCCUCGAUUUAAUGUCUGAGUCUGGAGAAAGGAGAAGCUCUUCACGAGUAGAAGUCUCUAGAUCACAGGAUCAGUUCAGCGAUAUGAGAAUCAGCAUAAACCAGACGCCUGGGAAUAGUCUUGACUUUGGGUUUACAGUAAAAUGGGAUCCUUCCGGGAUCUUCGUAGCAUCAGUUGAAGCAGGUAGCCCAGCAGAAUUUUCUCAGCUACAGGUAGAUGAUGAAAUUAUUGCUAUUAACAACACCAAGUUUUCAUAUAAGGACACAAAAGAGUGGGAGGAAGCCAUGGCUAGUGCUCAAGAAACCGGAAACCUAGUAAUGGAUGUCAGACGCUAUGGGAAAUCUGGUUCACCUGAAACAAAGUGGAUUGACACAACUUCUGGAAUUUACAACUCAGACAAGUCUUCAAAUCUAUCAGCAACGACUGAUUUCUCUGAAACCCUUCAGAAUUCUAGUACUGCAUCCAAAGAAAUCAAUGGAAUUUGUGACGAAAGCAGUACUUUUGAAUCAAAAGCAUCUGAACCUAUUUCUUUGAAAAAUUUAAAAAGGCGAUCACAAUUUUUUGAACAAGGAAGUGCCGAUUCUGGGGUCCCUGAUCUUCCAGUUCCAACUAUCAGUGCCCCGAGUCGCUGGGCGUGGGAUCAGGAGGAGGAGCGAAAGCGGCAGGAGAGGUGGCAGAAAGAGCAGGACCGUCUACUGCAGGAAAAAUAUCAACGUGAACAGGAAAAACUGAGAGAAGAGUGGCAAAGGGCUCGGCAAGAGGCUGAGAGGGAGAAUUCCAAGUACUUGAAUGAGGAACUGCUGGUCCUAAACUCAAACAGGAUUUCUCUAACCAUGCGGGAGCCUGCCGUUGCCACCUGGGAAGCCACCUGGGGCGAAGGGUCCAAGUCUUCUGACAGGGAGGGAACCCGAGCAGGGGAGGAGGAGAACAGACAGCAGCAAGAGGAAGGUGUUAAUGAGGACCAAAGGAGGAAGCUGCAGGAACAACUCAUUCUUGAGAACGAGAGGAAAUGGAAGGAGCAACAGUAUCAAGAAGAGCAGGAGCAGAAGUGGCGUCAGGCUGAGGUCGAGGAGCAGAAGCGGCGUCAGGCAGCAGUCGAGGAGCAGAAGCGACGUCAGGCCGAGGUCGAGGAGCAGAAGCGACGUCAGGCCGAGGUCGAGGAGCAGAAGCGGCGUCAGGCCGAGGUCGAGGAGCAGAAGCGGCGUCAGGCCGAGGUCGAGGAGCAGAAGCGGCGUCAGGCCGAGGUCGAGGAGCAGAAGCGGCGUCAGGCCGAGGUCGAGGAGCAGAAGCGGCGUCAGGCCGAGGUCGAGGAGCAGAAGUGGCGUCAGGCUGAGGAGCAGAAACAACAUGCAGAAGAACGGAAGCUCCAGGCAGAAAGAGAGCGGGAGACUUCAGUGAAAAUAUACCAGUAUAGAAGGCCUAUUGAUUCCUAUGAUAUACCAAAGCAAGGAGAAGAAUCUUCAGGUUUGCUUCCUAGUGACAGGAACAAAUCCAGAUCCACUACUGAACUGGAUGAUUACCCCACAAAUAAAAACGGAAGCAGUAAAUAUUUGGACCGGAUUGGGGGCACAAGCACUCUACAGAGGAGCUCCAAGAAGGAACAAGUCCCAUCAGGAGCGGAGUUGGAGAGACAGCAGAUCCUUCAAGAAAUGCGGAAGAGAACAUCCCUUCACAAUGACAACAGCUGGAUCCGACAGCGCAGCUCCAGUGUGAAUAAAGAGCCUGUCAGCCUGCCUGGAAUGAUGAGAAGAGGUGAAUCUCUAGAUAACCUGGAUUCACCAAGAUCCAGUUCUUGGAGACAGUCCCCUUGGCUCAAUCAGCCUACAGGAUUCCAUACAUCUUCCUCUGUUCAAGACUUCAGUCGCCCACCACCUCAGCUCGUGUCCACAUCAAACCGUGCCUACAUGCGAAACCCAGCCUCCAGUUUACCCCCUCCUUCAGCUGGUUCCGUGAAGACUAUGACCACAGGUGUAUCCACCACCCCUUCCCCCAUACCACUCAGCCAUUCCCCUUCAACUUCACAGUCGGGGUCCCAGCAACGCAGCAGCAGGUCAGUCAGUGGGAAGCGCGUGUGCUCCUACUGCAGUAACAUUCUGGGCAAAGGAGCCGCCAUGAUCAUCGAGUCCUUGGGUCUUUGUUACCAUUUACAUUGUUUUAAGUGUGUGGCCUGUGAACGUGACCUCGGCGGCUCUUCCUCAGGAGCCGAAGUCAGAAUCCGAAACAACCAACUGUACUGCAAUGACUGCUAUCUCAGAUUCAAAUCUGGACAGCCAACCGCCAUGUGAUGCAAACAUCCCUACGAAAGCACUGUUGCAGAUAGAAGAAGAGGUGGUUGCUGCUGCUGUAGACCUAUAAAUAUAUGUUGUAUGUCUCUUUGCUCUCAUUUUGAAAAACAAUAACCUCCCUUUUUUUUGCCUGUUUAGAUUCCAUAGAAGCAUUGUAUUCCUGAUAAAACCUGUAUUCUUGUUGUUGUUUAUUUAUAAGAAGGAAUUAUGUGCGGGGGAAAAGUGCAGUAUUUACGUUUUUGAAUUCAGCAUAUUAAAAGCACAAGAGAAAAAAAUAAGAAUUUCCAAAUAUUUUUGAGACUGACAAUGAUCUAGUUUGACUUUCUUGUGGUGUUUUGAAGAGGGUAUUUUAUUGUUUUUUUUUUUUUAAAGUUCUUAAGCAUUAUUGGAGAUAGUUAAUAUAAAUAUGUAAUUGCAUUUGCUUUGUUUAUUAUAAUGGACACUAAAUGCAGAACCAUAUGGAAAAUUUCAUUGAAAUCCACUCGCAGUUUUGCUCUCUGUAUCCUUUUUUUCCCUUCCUAUGUAAUAUGAUUUAAAAAAAAAAAUGCUAACGUAACAUUUUGUUUGCUUGAUGAGGGGAGCUAUAUUUUCUUUACCAGGAUUGUUGCUAAGCAAUUGUCAGUAGAAAGCAUCUUUUUUUCGUUAAGAAAAAAUAACCAUGGUUUGUAUACCAGAAGGUUUUCUCCAUAAACUAGUGAGCCUCUCUGUUCAGCUGCAUUUGUAAAUAAAAUUGUUGAUGCAUUUAAA